UAUUGGCUUUAUUACAAAAUCUUGAUCCUUGCUAAGGUAUGCUCUCUUUUAUCAUCCAAUCCAUUUCCCAGAAAGUAGUUGUAGUACGUUUUAACCACCGAUGUCCAAAAGGGCCUGCAUUUGACUUCUGAGUGUCAAAUGUCUUCACUUUUUACUUCAGACUUAAAAGAAUUGUAUACUUCUGAUGACUAAAUUUGACCAUAUGCUAGCUCUAGCUUCAUUUUCCACAGAUGGUACUUCCUUUGUUCUAUGUUUAUUGGGAUUUCUUUCAUAUUGCGGUGUUUUAUAUGAAAUGCAACAUUUUUCAUUUUGGAAAAUGGAAAUCUUUAAAGUAAAAAUUACCUCUCUGCCUACCAUCUCUUUUGCAAGAAAUUGGUUUAUAUUGAUUUGGGUUCUUAAGAUUCCACCUUUGUCAUUGUUUACGGUAUCUGAGGCGUUUAACUGAUCAAACAGUUCUGUCAAACUUGUGCUAACAUUCAUGAGCUGCAACAUAUAUUUGAUUUAUCAGGGACUUGCUUGUUACUAUUUCAAGAAAGAGAGAUUAAUGGGUGGUUGUGUCUCAUCCCAUGCUAAAAAAUCUAGGAAACCAUGGCAUCGUCAUACCAAAAAGAUACGUAAGCAUGCGAAAAUGAUGAAGAGAAACAGCAAUGCAGGAAAAAGCAUUUUUGUUCGUACCACCACCUCUUGUAAAAAUAUAACUUCUGAUUCCAGUUUUAAUCUCACUCAGACGGAAUGGCACCACAGUCAGUUUGAUGCUAGCGUGAUUUGCCGAGAAGAAUCAUGGUUUGACUCACUCAGUAAAAUCGAUGAAUCUGAGUCUGAUGAUGAUUUCGUUAGCGUUCAUGAGGAUGGUUUUCGUAAUUCAUCAAGUGGACAAGUGCUUCAGUAUGAGACAUCAUCGUGCAUUGCUGAAAACAAGUGUCCACAGAUUCAGAUAAGGAAAUCAGCAGUUAUCAGACUUUCGUUCAAGAGAACGUCACUUGAUAGAGAAGAAACUAGUGAAAUCUGUUCUGCAAGAAAAUAUUUAUAUCGUCCCCGACCAGGACUCUUGAUUCCGCGUUGUACAGAUGAGAAGCCGCGCCCAGGAUGUUGGUCUGCUAUUGACCCGUCGAGUUUCACACUUCGAGAUGACAACUUUUUUAAAUAUAAAACAAAAUCGCCUGCUCCAAGUUAUUGUCCUUACACGCCAAUAGGAGUUGAUCUCUUUACAUGCCCAAGAAAAGUUAACCACAUUGGCCAACAUCUCGAGCUUCCUUCCGUCAAAGGUGACGGAAAAAUUCCAUCUCUUCUCAUCGUCAAUAUUCAGUUGCCUACUUAUCCUACUGCUAUGUUCAAUGGUGAUAGUGAUGGUGAGGGUUUGAGUCUUGUGCUAUAUUUCAAACUCUCUGAAACAUGCGAGAAAGAUGUAUCUUCUCGGUUUCAAGAGAGCAUCAAGAGUUUAAUCGACGAUGAUAUGGAAAAGGUGAAGGGAUUCGCGAAAGAAUCUGUUGUGGCUUUCAGAGAAAGGCUGAAGAUCAUGGUGGGUGUGUUGAACCCUGAAGAACUUGUUUCCAGUAGCACCGAAAGGAAGCUAUUGCAUGCUUACAAUGAAAAACCCGUUCUUUCACGACCUCAACACAACUUUUAUCAGGGAUCAAAUUACUUUGAAAUCGAUUUGGACAUUCAUCGGUUUAGUUACAUAGCAAGGAAGGGAUUAGAAGCAUUUCGUGAACGGCUGAGAAAUGGGAUUCUGAAUCUGGGCCUAACCAUUCAGGCACAGAAGGCUGAAGAAUUGCCUGAGAAAGUGCUUUGCUGUUUGAGAUUGAACAAGAUUGACUUUGUGAAUCAUGGACAAAUACCCUCCAUUGUUACCCAUUCAUGAAGAUUCUUCAUUUUCUGCUCUUUGUUAUUCGACAGACAAAUAUAUACAAGCAAGAAUCAUGUUUCCUCUAAUUGAUGUACUAAUGGGAAUACACAGAGUAAA